GCACCAGUUUCCGGAGCUUGCAGGAAUAGCAGCAUGUGUGUUUUAGAUGUCAUUAAAUCUGGUUGCAUGUAGAUAAUUCACCAACAAUUAUAAACACAAUACAAAUAAGAAGUUGGACCAUGAAUCCUGUGUUUCGAAAGUUGCAGGUGUUCGCACAACAGUCGUUUGUGUUGAAUCAAACGCUUUCAUCAUGCCGGAUCACACCAUCUAUCCAGCAUCCUGUGUUGGGAGGGAUUUCUGCUGUAAACGAACGACAGUACAGAAGCAUGCCGACCCACGGGAUUGGGAAGUGGAGGCAUCUUCUACUCAAAAAUGCGCCAAAGAAAAAGAAAGACAAACGUCAGGUUAUUCCGAAAAGGAUCUUUAAAGCAACGGAUACAGCUUAUGGGUCUCUGAAUGUGACAGUGUCGGGUUAUGACAUGACAGUGGUGGAGCAUUACUCCCAAUACAUCCACAACAUCUGCAACCGGCUCGGCGUCGCAGUGGCAGACAGCUAUGCUUUGCCAACUAAAACCACAGAGGUCAUGCUAAUGCAGGAGCAAGGCACCAAGAUGUACAUUGACGCCACCCUAAAGACUCAUAAACGUGUUGUUCAGCUGAGCACCUUGAACGCCACAUUGUGUCCCGUCUUCAUGGAAACUGUCUUAAAGAAUCAACCUGAGGGAGUUCAGCUCUCUGUGAAUCAGCACACCGACUCUGAGUUCCAAGCACGUUUCAAGGUGCGUCCAGAGCUGCAGGAGCUUUUGGCUAAGAUGAACCACUAGGACCUGUGACAUCAAGACAUUUCUGAUAUUCAAAACUGUACACAACACUGAUUUUACACUUUGUUAAAAAGGAAUACCUGUUUUCUUCAUCUGUUAUUUAUUAUCUGGCAUUCCUGAGCUUCAAGUAAUGGAUCAUUUGCAUUGAAGUAAUUGUAUACAGUCAUUCUUGACACUGUUUUUUUCCCCCUGCAAAAAUAAAAUCUGUUGUUUUUGUU